CACCUUCAAAACCAGAAUCAAAAUCAAUCUUCUUUCUUCUGCAAAUUCUUACUACUAUAGAAAAUGGGUAUUUCUCUAAAUUCCACCCAACAAUCUCAUCACGUUCGCACACUCAAGAUCUUCCAAGUUUGUAACUACAUUCUACUGGGUGCAGCAUCCAGUUGCAUUUUCUUGACCCUUUCACUAAGGCUAAUUCCUUCCGUAUGUGGCUUCUUUUUUAUCCUCCUUCAAAUUCUUGCCAUAAUCGGUGCUGUUUCCGGUUGUGCGGCAGCUUCUUCAGACUCUGCCAGAUGGUAUGGUGCCCACAUGGUGGCGACGGUCUUAACUGCAAUAUUUCAAGGGUCAGUUUCAAUUUUGAUCUUAACCAGGACUAGUGAUUUUCUUCAUUACUUGAAGUCUUAUGUGAGAGAGGAGGAUGCUGAAGUGAUACUUAAGAUGGCCGGUGGGUUAUGUGUAUUGAUUUUUUGCUUAGAGUGGGUGGUUCUUAGUCUUGCAUUUUUCUUGAAAUAUUAUGUCUAUGUGGAAGGUGAUAAUGGUGUGAAGAGGAGUGCUAAGGUGGGUCAGGCUCAAGAGGAGGAUUUGAAGGAUUGGCCAUGGCCUUUCCAAGUUUAAUUUUUUUGCUUUUUAGAUGAUCAGUUUGGUCAUGUGCGAUUGUCAGUGUGUUUUGUUCAUUCAUUUAUUAGUAUAAUUUGUUGAUUUCUAUA